CUUCCCUUUCAACUUCAUACUACAUGACACGCACACACAGGCACACAAAAACAGAGCAGACAAAAUCAGGAUAUGACAUCACACACAGGAAGAGAAGCCAAGUAACUUUUCAGAUUGUUUUUUUUUUACUGUAUGGGUUUGGUAGAGUUGAUGAGUGGGACACCGUAAGGAUUCUCACAAGGCAGUUUGGAUUUGUUUUUGUUUUUGUUUUCUUCCCCUCUUGGAGAGCACAGGAAUUCUUCUCAGGUUUCCCACAACAUUUCAAGAAUCUACAGUGGGACUAAAGCCAGGCACUUUAGCUGUUUCCCUAUUGGACAGGACGAGACCUCAGGGAAUUAUAAGAGUAAACAGUCAGAGCGAUCCGGAUCCUAUACGGAUCGGACUCCUCCAUCACCCUGCUCAGCUCAGCGAUGGCUCUAUGCUUGGGUCAGGUGUUCAGCAAAGACAAGACGUUUCGGCCUCGAAAGCGAUUCGAACCUGGGACCCAACGUUUCGAGCUAUACAAAAGAGCUCAGGCGUCUCUGAAAUCAGGCCUGGACCUGAGAAAAGUGGUCCAACUGCCAGAAGGAGAAAGCAUUAAUGACUGGAUCGCUGUACAUGUAGUGGAUUUCUUCAAUCGGAUCAACCUGAUCUACGGGACAGUGAGUGAGUUCUGCACUGAGAAGAGCUGUCCAAUCAUGUCUGGAGGACCACGCUAUGAAUACAGGUGGCAGGAUGGGGAACAGUACAAGAGGCCCACCAAACUGCCUGCUCUAAUAUACAUGAACCUCCUGAUGAACUGGAUCGAGUCGCUUAUCAACAAUGAGGACAUCUUUCCUACACGAGUAGGAGUCCCUUUUCCAAAGAACUUUCAGCAGGUGUGCAAGAAGAUUCUGAGCCGCUUGUUUCGGGUGUUCGUGCACGUGUACAUCCAUCACUUUGACAUGAUCUGUAGUAUGGGAGCUGAGGCUCACAUCAACACUUGCUACAAACACUACUACUACUUCAUCUCGGAGUUCAGCCUCAUUGACCACUCUGAGCUGGUGCCGCUGGCGCCGUUGUCCCUCCUAUGCAAUCCUCAAAACAGUCAGUUCAGAAAGAAAUGACUGAGAAGAUCUGCCACUAAAAGAGGCAGAGAAGAAUGGAUGUGCAUCCAAAAGCACAAAAACUUUGAACAAUAAGAAUAAUGUACUUGAGCUCUGAUCUACUAUCACGGAGGGCCAGAGACUCACAAAUGAGCUAAAAAUCAACGUUUACUGAAAUGGUGUGGUGUUCAACAUGUAUUCUUGAGGGCGUAUAUUACAGUAUAUAUCUCAACUUCUGCAGUAUUUAUAUGAAAUGAUGCAUUAAUUGCUUAGUAUUUUGCAUACAUUUCCGAACAUUUCACAAUGUGACUUUAAAGAUAUUUAAACUAUAAACCCUGUGACUUUAAAAUGUGAGCCCUGGGGGAAUCUAGUCUUGAAAAGGCAUGUCUGAAAAUUUUCCUAAGUUUGAGAUGUUAUAUUUUUGCCCUGUUGUGGCAAAAGCCUUUGCCAUUAUUUUUAAGCAGGGCAUGUGCAGUUAGAAUCUAUUGUGAUUGUGACUGAUGAUGAAUAGUGCUUCACAGUAUUAUUCUUUUUCAGACAUAUUGUCUAUUGUGUUUUUGCAUGCAAAUUUAAAAUAUGAAUAUUUGAAAUAA